AUGCAAAACAUCAGCAAUGGCAAACUUGCGCCCUUGCUUACUGCCGAACCAUCCAGUCCCACGUCAACUGGCACAAUAGACGAAGAGCAACCGCUGAGUGCAGGGUCAAGUACUGCUACACUGGCGGACGAAACGUUGCCUCUUCAGAGAAAAGUAGAGAAACCGUUUCCAUGGAGUGUAGUUAUUUCCCUGUACAUCUUGACCUGCAUGGCUCCGCUUGCAUUUGAGUUGAUCUUUCCUUUCGUCAAUCAAAUGAUCUUGGAGAAUGGAAUUACCACAGAUCCAGAGCGCGUUGGGUUCUAUUCUGGGUUCAUCGAAUCGAUCUUUGCUCUUACGAGCUUCAUUUCUAUUAUGCCGUGCACAUACCUCGCUGAUCACCUAGGCAGAAAGCCUGUCAUUCUCAUCGGCACUCUGGGUCUUGCAAUUUCUGUCGGUCUUUUUGGAAUGGCUAAGUCAUAUUGGCUCAUGAUCUUGACGCGGAUAAUUGGUGGCACACUUGGAGGGACAAACUCAACGACGAAGGUAAUGCUCACAGAAGCGAUCGAAAAGUCUCAGCAAGGUCUUGCGUUUUCGGGGCUUGUUAUCGCAUACAGGAUGGGUCAGAUUAUCGGACAGCCUAUGGGUGGGUUGCUCGCCCACCCUGAAAGAAAUUUCACGCUGUUUGAUACACCGUUCUGGAGAAAAUACCCAUUUGCGUUUCCGUGUUUCAUUGCUUCUACAUUUGCAAUCGUCGCGGUCGCCUACGGGUACCUUGUUAUGGAAGAGACUCUUCCUUCGCUUCGGAGGAAGAAGAGACGAUCCACUUACGGUUCCACUACUCUGCCUGACACUGUAGGCACUAUUACGUUUGAGCAUACGAAAAGAGCACGUCCUUCAGUGUGGUCUGUGCUGACACCGCAAGUCGUUGGAGCAUUAAUUAGCUGUUCCUGCUUCGCUUUCUCUUCCGAACUAAUCUUUGCCCUGUAUCCGCUUUUUGCAUUCACUCCCAUAAGUUCCGGUGGACUGGGAUUCAGUGAGGCGCAAAUCGGCGCUCAGCUAGGUUUCCGCUCCAUCACCAAUAUUCUCGUGAUCUUAUUCUACGCUCCGCUCGAGCGCCGAAUCGGUACAACAAGGACACAUCAGCUCACAAUGACCUUCUGGCCCAUAUCCCUCGCCUUCUACCCUCUGUUGAAUGUAUUAGCACAUCAUGGCUGGGAGGGCACAUGGGGACUCCAAGUAGUUCUCGGAAUCUUCUUCACAACCUGGAGCUUUGCGUCACUUUCGUGGACUUCGGGCGCCAUUGUUAUCAAUAAUUCUGUACCCUUUGCUGAAGCACUAUCGGUCUUGAAUGGAGCCGGAACGAUGGCAACAACCCUUCCUCUGGCGUUUGCACCGGCAUUCGUAACAACCAUGUUUGCGUUCUCCAUUAAGCACGAGGCUAUCCUUCACGGAAAUCUGAUAUACGUCAUCCUGUUGCCAAUCGGUCUCGUUGGUGCGGUUCACUCUCUGACCUUGAAGGAGGUUACACAUGAUUGGCGUGAAGACAUCAAGGACCAUGAGGGAGACGAAAACUGA